CACCAACUGCGCAUUUUCCCACUCGCACCUCUCUCGCGCCCGACUCGAGACUAUUUAAGCGCGGGGCUGCAGACGGCAGGGACCAGCUUCAGAUUUGCUGCACACGAGGUGGAGCAUGAAGGCCCUGCUGCUGCUGACGUUCGUGGGUCUGGCCUGGGGCCAGUGGCACCCCAACGCCCAUGACGGCCGUCACACCAUGGUGCACCUGUUCGAGUGGAGGUGGGUGGACAUCGCCGCCGAGUGCGAGCGCUGGCUCGGGCCCAACGGCUUCGCCGGCGUCCAGGUGUCUCCCCCCAACGAGAACAUCGUGAUCAACAGCCCCUGGCGUCCAUGGUGGGAGCGUUACCAGCCCGUCAGCUACAACCUGUGCUCGCGCUCGGGCAGUGAUUCCGAGUUCCGCGACAUGGUGCACCGCUGCAACAACGCCGGGGUUCGCAUCUACGUUGACGCCAUCAUCAAUCACAUGUGCGGCGAUGGCGGCGGCUCUGGCACGCACGCCACGUGCGGCAGUUACUUCGACGCCGGGCGCCGUGAGUUCUCGGCCGUGCCCUACUCCUCCAUGGACUUCAACGAUGGCAAGUGCGGCACCGCCAGCGGCCAGAUUGAGAACUACGGCGACAAGUACCAGGUGCGCGACUGCAAGCUCGUGGGGCUGCUCGACCUGGCCCUGGAGAAGGACUACGUGCGCGGCAAGGUCGCCGGCUUCCUCAACAACCUCAUCGACAUCGGCGUGGCUGGCUUCAGGUUCGACGCGUCCAAGCACAUGUGGCCUGGAGACCUCCAGGACAUCGUGGGGCGUCUCAAGAAUCUCAACUCGCAGUACUUCCCGUCCAACAGCAAGGCCUUCAUCUUCCAGGAGGUCAUUGACCUUGGAGGAGAGGCCAUCUCUGCAUCCGAGUACUUUGGCAUCGGCCGCGUGACCGAGUUCAAGUUCGGCGCCAAGCUGGGCGAGGUGGUGCGCAAGUGGAACGGACAAAAGAUGUCCUUCCUCCGCAACUGGGGCGAAGGCUGGGGCUUCAUGCCGACGGGCAACGCCCUGGUGUUCGUCGACAACCACGACAACCAGCGUGGCCACGGCGCUGGCGGGGCCUCCAUCCUCACCUUCUGGGACUCGCGCGUCUACAAGAUCGGCACUGCCUUCACGCUGGCUCACCCCUACGGCUUCACUCGCAUCAUGUCGAGCUACAGCUGGGACCGCAACUUCGUCAACGGCAAGGAUGAGAACGACUGGAUUGGACCUCCUGCCAACGGCGAUGGCUCCACCAAACCCGUGACCAUCAACUCCGACGACACAUGCGGCAACGGCUGGAUGUGCGAGCACAGAUGGCGCCAGAUCAAGAACAUGGUCAUCUUCCGCAACGCUGUCACCGGACACGACCUGACUAACUGGUGGGACAACGGCAGCAACCAGAUCGCAUUCAGCCGCGGCAACCGUGGGUUCAUCGUCAUCAACAAUGAUGACUGGGCCCUUGACGCGACACUCCAGACCGGCCUGCCGGCUGGAACCUACUGCGACGUCAUCUCCGGCAACUUGUCGGGCGGGCGCUGCACGGGCGCGCAGAUCUCCGUGGGGGGCGACGGUCGCGCCUACUUCCAGAUCAGCAACGCGUCCGAGGAUCCCGUGGUGGCGAUCCACGUCAACGCCAAGCUGUAGCGCGGCGUCGCACGGCUCCCGCUGGGACGACAGCGACGAUGAUGAACCCAGCCUCCCAGCCCCCCGGCGACGCGUCGCGCAGAGCGGAACAUGAUCGAUAAAAAAAAAUCGUAACAAUAAUGAUGAUGAUCGAAACGAAGACGUUCAAAGUCAGGACGCAGCCGCCGCUUGCUUCAUACCGCCUCAAAUCAGCCGGCCGUUUGCGACAUCUCGCACACGUGCGGCCAGCGAGUAUCAGCUUGCUGUACUGUAAUAUGUAUUCAUCUGCUGUGAUCAAUAAAACGUGCACACGUUAAUCCA